AUGACGGACACAUCGGAAACCGAGUCUGAAGUGGUGAAGAAACCAGCUAAGGAGAAGGAGAUAACAGUGGUUCAAGACCAAGGACGGUUUCUUCAUAGCACUGGUGAUACGUACGAUGGGUUCUUCGAGGCUAAAAAGAAGGAUAAGAGUGUUAAAAUGCAUGGCCCCGGUGUAUACACAACCGCUGAAGGCGACAUUUACUCGGGCACAUGGGAGAGCGACAAGCUGAAUGCCUUCGAAGUGACCACUAUACAGUACAAAGACGGCUCAAAGUACGAGGGAUUCAUAAGAGACUGGAGCUACCAGUCAGCUGGCAAAUACAGCUACCCCGACGGCAGUUACUUGACCUGUGACUUCAUGGCAAACGCCCCAACGGGAUCCUUAACGAUGACGGACCCCAACGGCCACCAAUGGUUGGCUAAAGCUGACGUAGGGUUCGCGUGGUUCGAGCCAGUUAAUCAUUAUUAUGACAUGCUGGAGAGAAGUCGAGACGUUCCUAAGAACAAGAAGAAGCGCAAGACGUUGAUUUCGGACUCUUCUGCGGCAAUCAGCAAGAAGAAAGUGUCUCUCAAACUUAAGUCGACUGUCGAGAUGAAAAAGUCUAAAAUCCAAAGCAAGGUGCUGAAAUAAUCUGUUGUGAUAAUUCAACUAAACUUGUUAUUGGUAUGA